GAAGCGCUGCUCGGACGCCAUCUUGAGGAGAGCCCAUCGGGAGCUGGUCUUUGGACUGACAACAAUCCGCUUCAGGACGGGUUCAGGACGGAUUACCGGUUUCCAGGAGGAGAGGACCGCAGCCGCUUCUGGUCCCGGGGGUCCAGCCGCGGGGACACGUCGAGGAGCCGCCCGGAGACAGCCGCUGGAGCCCGCCCUCCCACCCGAUGGCCGGCUAGCUGCUGCCCGCACUCGGCCGCGGCCUGCUCGGAGGAGAAGCACCAUGCUCCACCGCUGACUCCCAUCAUCCCCCCGGAGCACCGCGACCACCAUGCACCUGUAGACUGUCCCCCGCUCGGAACUUCCCGGUUUUAGUAGAGAGAGAGCGAGAAGCGAGCAGCGCCUGGCCGCCGACCCGAGCCCCCACCCGGACAGACAUGUCGUCCAACUGCACCAGCGCGGCGGCGCCCGUCAGCGCCAGCAAGACCAAGACCAAGAAGAAGCAUUUUAUAGGACAGAAAGUCAAACUGUUCCGAGCGAGCGAGCCCAUCCUCAGCGUGCUGAUGUGGGGAGUCAACCACACGAUUAACGAGUUAAAUAAUGUGCCUGUACCAGUGAUGCUGAUGCCAGACGACUUUAAAGCCUACAGUAAGAUCAAAGUGGACAACCACCUAUUUAACAAAGAAAACCUGCCUAGUCGCUUUAAGUUCAAAGAGUACUGUCCCAUGGUGUUCCGGAACCUGAGGGAGCGCUUCUGCAUCGACGACCAGGACUACCAGAACUCGCUGACGAGGAGCGCGCCGCUCAACAGCGACUCCCAGGGACGCUUCGGCAACCGCUUCCUGUCCAGCUACGACCACCGGUUCGUGAUCAAGACCGUCUCCAGCGAGGACAUCGCCGAGAUGCACAACAUCCUGAAGAAGUAUCACCAGUUCAUCGUGGAGUGUCACGGCAACACGCUGCUCCCUCAGUUCCUGGGGAUGUACCGCCUCACGGUGGACGGCGUGGAGACCUACAUGGUGGUGACCCGGAAUGUAUUCAGCCACCGCCUCACGGUGCACCGCAAGUACGACCUGAAGGGUUCUACUGUCUCCAGGGAAGCCAGUGACAAGGAGAAGGCUAAAGAACUUCCCACUUUUAAAGACAACGACUUCCUGAAUGAAGGCCAGAAGCUGCAGAUCGGAGAUGACAACAAGAAGUAUUUUCUGGAGAAGCUAAAACAGGAUGUGGAGUUCCUGGCCACCCUGAAGAUCAUGGACUACAGCCUGCUGGUGGGCAUCCACGACGUGGAGCGGGCGGAGCAGGAGGAGAUGGAGGUGGAGGGCGUGGGGGAGGAGGAGGAGUACGAGAGCGACGGCCUGGGGGGGGGCGCGCUGACGGGCUCCUUCGGCACGCCGCCCGACAGCCCCGGCAACCCGCUCAACUGCGGGGGCUUCUUCAGCCCCGGGGAGUUCGACCCCUCCGUGGACGUUUACGCUAUCAAGAGCCACGACGGUGCUGUGAAGAAGGAGGUGUACUUCAUGGCCAUCAUCGACAUCCUGACGCACUACGACGCCAAGAAAAAAGCUGCACACGCUGCCAAAACUGUGAAACACGGGGCCGGAGCCGAGAUCUCCACGGUGAACCCGGAGCAGUAUUCCAAACGCUUCUACGAGUUCAUGUCCAACAUCCUGUCGUAGACGUCAGUCCUGCUCCAGCCGCUCCACCUCGGUGUUACUCCAUCCCUCCUCCGCCCUGUUACACCGCCUGUGACCCCCCCGGACCCCCCCUCCUCACGCCAGCACGGAAACUGUCUCACUAAUGCCUUGAAUGAGUGUCGGCUUCAGCAGUCCGUCGGGUUCCUCUCCAUGUCGUCCUUCGUUCCAGCGCGGCGCCGAUCGCUCAGAUUGCAUGAGGAACUCUUCUUCUUCUCCACCACCGAUCGGAAGAACCACUCGUCAAUAUUUAACGGUGUACUAAUGCAAUAUGAAAAUGCAUGGCUGAUGUGAGUCCAACAUCCAACUGAGCAUCAAAACAGGAAAAAGAAAAAAAAGAAAAAAACAAUCGGUGUUUGAAUGUUCUGUUGCCAUAUUGUUUCUCAAUAGUUUUGAAACGACCGUGAGUUUGGUGGAGGAAAGAAAAUCCACGUAAAAAAGGGGAAUUCUGUUUUAUUACCGUAAGGAUCAUUUUUAUAUCUUGUUUACAUUAAUGUAGCAACUUAUUGUUUGUAUCCAGUAUUGUUUUGUUACCAACGAGAGGUUAGACAAAAAAAAGUUACUUGAAAAUGAUUCAUUGCAUAUUAAAGGGAGUUUUAUCUUGU